UACACACACACACACACACACACACACAGAGUCGAGGCGAAGUGAAACGCGACCGCGUCAUUUUAGCGGACGCAACACUUUUUUUUUUCUGGGGAGGCAAAUGUCUCAGUGAUGGACUACUGAAACGCCAAGGAGGAAAGCAACCACAAAAUACACUCAAACUAAACAAACAAAACAAAACAAAACAAACAAAAGAACAAACAAAAGAGCAGCCUACGCGUCAGGACGCACAGAUACUCGACCGCGCGUGCGUCUUCAGAGGAAACAGUGUUCUACGCGGCUGACAGGCAACGAUGCAAAGCGGAGGUUGUGGAAACUAAAGCGCUUGUAACAGCUGGAUUCAGGACUUUCCCCCGAGAAAGGAGAGUACGUGUAAAUGUGUCGGUAAUAUCUGCGCUUUUGAGGCAGGACUCGUCUCUUCUUGGCUUUGUGGAUGCUGUGCAGAUCCACCCUUGUUCUUCGUCCGUUGCGCGGUGAACUAAAGCCAGGCGAACGGCUUUGCUGCGCGCAGAUCCGCCGCGUCUCGCUGUCCACGCGUCACUUCUCCCCUGCUCGCGUCUCCCCCCCUCACGCAACACAUGCACAUGAUUUCCAGAGUCUAUUUUUCACACGGACUGUGCGUGGCGGCGCCCUUUGAUACUAAGAAGGCUGCCUUGUCACACGAGCCCUACGGCGGCUAUUUUACCACGUGAAUGAAGACGCCGAAGCCUCGGUGGAUACCUAUUUAUCCUAUGCUCCGUCCCGGAGAGCUGAUCGCGUCGUCGUGCUGCUGUCCCUCUUAUUCUCCGUCUUAUUAUUCUUAUUAUUCAAACGAAAUAAGGAGCUCUCCUUCAUCAGGGUGUCUGUAAGCUGCUGGAUCGCUCCUCGCCCAAAUCAAUGUGGUUUCUUUGGAACAUUUUCAGCAAAGGAACGCAUAUGCUGCAGUGUCUUUGUGGCAAGAGUCUCAAGAAGAACAAGAACCCAAGUGAUCCCCAGCUCAAGGGUAUAGUGACCAGGUUAUAUUGCAGGCAGGGAUACUACUUGCAAAUGAACACAGAUGGAUCUCUUGAUGGGACCAAGGAUGACAGCAGUAAUUCUUCGUUGUUCAAUCUCAUCCCUGUGGGCCUCCGAGUUGUUGCUAUUCAGUCCGUGAAGACAGGGUUAUACAUCGCCAUGAAUGGAGAAGGCCACCUGUACACAUCAGAACUCUUUACAGCCGAAUGCAAGUUCAAAGAGUCGGUGUUUGAGAACUACUAUGUGAUCUACUCGUCCAUGUUGUACAGGCAGCAGGAGUCAGGGAGAGCCUGGUUUCUGGGUCUCAAUAAAGAAGGCCAGGCAAUGAAGGGCAACCGAGUGAAGAAAACCAAACCAGCUGCUCACUUCCUGCCCAAACCAUUAGAAGUCGCAAUGUACCGAGAGCCAUCAUUGCACGAUGUGGGAGAGACCGUACCCAAAGCUGCACCUGCACCUCCCGCUAAAAGCACAAAUGAGCCGGCCGUGAUGAACGGAGGCAAGCCAGUCAGCAAGGAGGCUAGCAAACCCAGCACAUAGCCCAGCCUCGGCUCCUAGAGAGAACCAUGCUCUCCUUCUCUCUUGUUCAGAUAUGGCCCAGAUGAGCCCCUCUCUUCCUCUCCUCCUUUUUCUGCUCUCCUCUGACUUUUUCUUCAUCCACUUGGCAAAUCGAUUGCAGAAGCGUGGCCAAGCGUAGCGACGAGGAGGAUUCGACUGGAUGAAUCAGCUCAACCCGCACCACGGAAUGCCCCAGCAGAUAUGGAAUGCCUUUAGCCCCCUACUCAAUCCCUCCAUCCCUGCCUCCCUCCACCCCACCCCAACAGUUCCUCCACCACCCUGCCUGCACAUACAAUAACAAGACCCAUUUUUCUGUGACUGUGACAAUCCUUCGAGAGUGAGAACGAAGAGCGGAACGGUGGCCGUGGGCGCGUUGAACUGCGGCCAUCUUUGUCCUGCUGAUGGUCACCCAUGACUAUUUUUUGAGCCCUGUAACAGAAGCAUCUAAUUCAGAUCUAUUUUCUAUACACAGUGAACACCAGCUAUGCUCUGGGGAAGUAAACUACUGACUGACUUGCAAGAAAACAGGACCGUUGUCCUCAAAAUUUUUUUAUAGAGUUUCUUCCUGUGUCUCCUGCUCAGUCCUUACUUUCUCUCUGUUUUGCUUUCUCUUUCAUUGGUCAAACUCGCACUCUUUUCUCUUUGUCCAGUGCUAGAGAAAACCUUUGCAGGGGCUACGUGUUUUUUUUUUUUUUUCUAACAACCCUGACAUCCAUCUAUGUGAACACAAUCAGUACACACACACACACACACACACACACACACACGCACACACACGCACACACACACGCACACAGGACUGAGCUGCAGUGGUGGCUACCCUACAGGAAGUAAUUCGGGAGGACUGGAGUCACCACAGAGCAAAUUAGCUUAGGUUUCUCUUUCUUAAUUCGUUGUUUAGAAAGAGACACUGGAAGCUGAUUAUUUACUUAGGAAUGUUACCCUUAAAUCCACAAACACACAUUGCCCUCCUGCACUCAGAGCAUGGACCUGAAUGCAUGGAGGCGCCUGAUACCUAUAUAGUAUGUGUUCACAUAUCUCAUAUCUUCACCAAGCCGGCAUAUAGAGGAAGCCAAAUUCUAUUUUUCUUUACUGAUAGCUUAGAGCACACGCUCUAGGAACAAUGUAUAGGCCUUGUAGGCCUCAGGUCAAGGCACUCCCCUUGUGCUGAACUGUCAGCCAAUCCUGGUGUUCACUUAACGGGCCUUUUUGUUCCACAAAAGCAUGGGCAAGGUUAGUAUUGUGUUCUAUUCAUGACGUACGAUGCAAAUCAAGAAAUGGCUUCACUGUAUGACAAAAAAAAAAAUUAAAAAAAGCUUUAAAAAUAGACAUUUAAUGAUAAUAAUGACUAGCUAUCAUAAUUAAAUAAGGAGAGUUUUUUUCCUAGCUCAGCAUGCAGAGUCCAGUACUGCUCAUAUCGGCCUAUCGUGUGCCUGUGAUGACCUCUAACCCAGCAUGCAAAAACAUGUACCCAGUCUGUGCUGGGUUAAAGGUGCCUCAUGCCCCCAAAACACACACACACACACACACACACACACACACACACACACACACACACACACACACACACACACACACACACACACACACACAAACACACACACAGAGUGGCUUAGUCAAUCUAUAAACACUCGUCUCACUUUCUAUUCUUUUGUAACGAUCUUGAUUGUGAAUUUUACCAAAGUUUAUCAAUCCAUCCGAGAAUCCAGAAGGCAGCACUAAAACCUCACCCACUCUGUCCAGUUUUGCUUCUCUGCUCACUGUGACAAAUAUUCACCUUCACAAUGGAAUAAACUUUGCCUUUUUGAGUAAAUCCUGGAUGGGUGGGAUUGUAGUCAUUAGAGUAUACAGUUCAUCUGAUUAUACACGUGGGGUACCUAGCAAUUAAUCACCUGCAUGCUUUUCCUUAAGGACCAAAAAAAAUGGGAAAGGUACAGUACAACGGAUCAUUAGACUGUUUAAGUCCGCAUUUAAUUGAAUGGGCAUGUUAUUCAAAUGUUCUCUCUCAUCUUACUUUCUCUCAAUUGAAAUCAUAGCACUUUCAAUGCGGAGUCCUCAUUUACUCAUGACUUUUAGCGAACGAUCAAGGAGCUUCUAAAUCUCUGAUCAGAUUUGAUAUUAAACCUGUCUUGCUUUAAUGACUCUCAUAUAGUUUAAUGAAUACGAUUUAAAAUGUUAUUAUGUAGACUGAAGCUGGGCUGCUAAAUUGCAAAUAUAUCCAAGGCUUCAUUUGAAGACCUGUAUUUUCUGGAAUUUACUGGGAUUAUGAGCUACUUUCUAUAUUAGGAUGUAUCGAAGCACAUUAGUUCGACUUACAUAUUUGUACAAAACUGUGUUGCUAGAAUGAAAUGCAGUGCCGUAGACAAAGGGAGUGUAAAGCGUAUGAACGGUUCCAGUUGAGAGCUGCUGUCCGACUUCCACAACAUUCACAACACACACACACUGAUCAUUCUCUCAGAUGAACUCUACAUGCUGGGCUAAGCUGCCCUUCAAACCAGUUGGCUAGUCCUAUAAAGGAUGAAUAUAUUUUUGUAAAUGACUGGUGAGUAAAUGUACAUCUGUCAGUCUGUUGGGUUUCUCGCUCUCUCCCUCUCUCUCUCCCUCUCUCUCGCUCUCUCUCUCCUCUGUGUUCUGUUCCAUGCAGGUGAUGUACUGUAUGGUGAUGUCUUUUCACUUUUCAUCCUAAAAAUCUCCCACAUAACAUGUUUUGUUCACUCUUUUCUUUCUCUUUGUUCCCAUUUUCUCGGCAAAGUCCUCGUCAUUUGUUCUGUUCUUGGGUUCCAGUCAUUAGUGUCUACAUGACUUCAUCUUUUGCAUGGGAAGAGGAUGGCAUUUAAGAAAUGCAUGUUGUAGGCUAUGUGUAUCAAGAAAUGUUGGUAUGUUCUGCUAAUUUUACAUAUAUGCAAAAAGUUUGUCUGCACUGUACAGUUUGUGUUUGUUGUAUACACAGAUACAACAUAUUGAAUAAAAUAUUUAUAUAAAGGUG